AUGCCUCACCAGCAAACUCCUCCUGAAUCGCCAGUUGGCAAGAAUGUCACUGCUACCAUAGCCUACCAUAGCGGACCGGCUCUUCCAACCUCCCCAAUCGCCGGUGUCACUACGCUUGAAGACUGCACUCAGCAAGUCGUAGCAGUGACUGAUAUCCGCCCUUCAGUCUCGUCAUUUACCCUAGAUGGCAAUGGCUUCCAGGUGGUUAAGCACGUAUCAGAGGUCAGCUCUCCGCCGUAUAAUCACUCGUCGUGGACAGACCCAGUCGUCCGCAAGGAAGUGUAUGACCCUGAGAUCAUUGAACUGGCAAAGUCUGUCACUGGAGCCAAGAAGGUCAUGAUCCUGCUUGCUUCGUCUCGUAAUGUUCCAUUCAAGGAGCCAGAGCUCGCGCCUCCCUACCCUAUGCCCUCCAAGGGCGGCAAGGAAGGGGGAGCCGGUCAAACUGUUCAAGGCCAGCAUGAGCUGCCUACCACAAGGGCCAAAGGCUUUCAAAAGGGCGAGGAGGAGGGCCCAGUACGUAAGCCUCAUAAGGACUGGGGUCCAUCCGGCGCAUGGAACACUCUUCGCAACUGGAGCCAAGAGCUCAUUGACGAGGCUGAUGAUAUUAUCAAGGCUGGCGAUGAGGCUGCUGAGUUGCCUGGCGGUAGAGCGAAGAACUACCAAGGCAGGCGGUGGGCUUUGUAUACCACUUGGCGUCCACUCAAACCUGUCAAACGGGAUCCAAUGGCCUUUGUUGACUACUGGACAGCAGAUGAGGAAGACGGCGUUAGCUUCUGGCGAAACCCGCCGGGGGUGCAUGGGACAUUCGAGUCGGAUGUACUACUGACCAGGGCUAAUCCAAAGCACAAGUGGUACUGGAUCAGCGACCAGACUCCAGAUGAGGUUCUGCUGAUGAAGAUUAUGGAUACUGAGAGUGAGAAGGACGGGAGUGACAUAGCGGGAGGGGUUCAUCAUUGUUCGUUUCAUCUGCCGGGAAGUGAGAAGGAGGAAGUGAGGGAGAGUAUCGAGACUAAGUUUAUUGCAUUCUGGUAG